CAGCUGGAGCUGGGCGGCACCCAGCGCUCGGGCUCCCACCUCUCCGCUCCACCCUCAAUUUGCAGCUUGAGCUUCCAGGACUGCUUUAAAUUGACUCCGCAGGCAGAGCUUAAGCUUGGUACGUCCACCGUUUCCCGGAGCGGUAGGAAUUGCACGGGUGCGUCCACUGCGAAGAGUAGGUGUACGAGCACUUUGGGGCGUGUCGAGGCUCGGGCCGCGAGACCACCUGGGCGACAAGUUUCCCGGCAGCUGACUCCAGCUGCGGGGCUGCGGCGGGGGGGGGCUCCGCCGGUGCCGCCUCGGGGGGCCCCGCCGCUCCCACCACGGCCUGCUGCGGGCAGGUGGUGAGGAUGGGCCCCGGGAAGGUGACCACGACGGGCGGCGGGAAGAUGAUGACCCGGGAGUCGGGGCAGGCCACCACGCAGGGCUCGCUGCUGCUGGCGGCCAGGGGCUGGGGACACUUGGCCUCGCAGGGGGUGGCGGAUGCCAGCUGCUCUGAAGCCAUCGCCCGGCUGGGGGGAGCUCCUGGAAUUCAUUCGCAGAAUAAGCAAAAGGCAGUGAGCCAGGUACGAGGAGUUCCGCGAGCCAGAUCCUCAGGCACUCUGGAAUACAGUAUAAAAGCCUAUACAACACCAGACUCUUCCAUCCACUUCUCUUGCCUUAUUCGCCCAGGUGAACAGAUUUGCCUCCAUCCCGCAGACAUGUCCUGCUACGACCUGUCUCCUCCCACCCCCUGCGGCCCAACCCCGCUCGCCAACUCCUGCAACGAGCCCUGCGUCAGGCAGUGCCAGGACUCGACGGUGCUGAUCCAGCCCUCUCCGGUGGUGGUGACCCUGCCCGGGCCCAUCCUCAGCUCCUUCCCGCAGAACACCGCCGUGGGAUCCUCCGCAUCCGCAGCCGUUGGGAGUGCGCUGGGUGCCGAGGGAGUCCCCAUCUCCUCUGGUAGCUCCUCGGAAUUUGGGAGCUUUGGCUAUCCAGGCUUGGGCAGCGGGUACCGCCGGCCCUUCCGUCGCUACAACGCCUUCCGCAGCGGCUUCUCUGGGCCGUACUGAAGCCCCGAGGAAGACGCAAGAAGAGAGGACCGGAGAUGCUGCAGCAGGACCCGGACGCAGGACUGAGCUCACGGCCAUGGUUUCCAGACUCGGUGUUGGACGCCCACGACUCCACUAGCAUUUAAUGGAACUGUGGGAGCUUGGCAUUGCUUAAAAUCAGGCCUUUGCUUGUCUUACUUUUGUUAUGCUUUACUUUAUAUUUCUGACCAAAUGUUUUGUUCAUUUAUGCUUUAUUAUAUUUUACAAUGACUGGGUAAAACAUGGCAUUCUUAGCAAUCGUUCUGCAUGACUGAAUUGGUGCAGCCCACUUACACAAUGAAGAAGGAAGAUCGCAUUUUGUUGAGAGUGUCAUUGUGGAAAGGAUGAGUGGGUACUGUCCUUACUGGACCCUGGAAAUAUAUUCCUUAUAGUUUACAUUGCUUCCUUCCAUUUCUCAGUCUCAUUAAAUUUGUGCUGCAUCA